GCUGCAGCUGUGGGCGCUGGUAGGAAGCGUGGAGGAGCAAGCGGGUGAUCUCAGCACCCCCUGGUGCGCCUUCUGGCUGCCGCGAGCCCCCUGUGAACCGUUGCCGGAAGCCCAGGCCUGCAGGGAGCCUGAGCUUUUCCCUCUUUCUGCCCUGCUGUCCUUGGUGGCCCGUCCAUCUGAUGCGCCGUUGAAGGGUGGAUGGGAAAGCUGCAUGGGGAGGGGUGAGUGGUCCCAGGUUCCCACUCUUGGAUCACUGACUGGCAAAGUGUGGAGGACCCAAGAGAGGACAGGCCAAGCCUCCAGGUGUUUCUCCUACAAUACAUGUGUUAACGUUUACAGAUGCUCUGCCAGCAGUAAAGUUGGCUUCAGGUGGGCAAGUAAUGGCAAUUCUUCACUUGGAGGCACCUGCAGAGGUUUGUUACUUCGGAGGGAAGCCAGUCCCGAGAUGGAUAGGAAGCAGUAAUCCGGAACCUUGGUCCACGUGGGAACAUUUGAAACUAGAAGGAAAAGGGAACACAAACAUCAGGAUGGCAGUGCCGCUUAGUCCUUUGUAUGACCCAACCAGUGAAAUGAGCAUGGUAGCCAUCAACCAGGCAGUACUGUCCCAGCUGCAGAAGAAUCAACAGGAAUUGCAAGACCUCAAGGACAUCAUUCUUCAUCUUGCUGUUGGCAUCCGCCAAGGGGAACACAGCUCACAUUGGGAAGAAUGCCAAGCCAUGAUUGAGUCUAAACUGAGGGAGAUGCCAACAGCUGGAGAGCCACAGUGUGAGAUGCCGGUGCCUACUGAGUUCACGGAACUGCAUGUCAAAGGUGCAGAUCAUACCCAAGAGUCGGAUCAGGAGUCAGGGGCAGAGUCACAGACUUGUCACCUACCCAACCAAUGUCCUCAAGACCUCAUCCAGUGUGAUCCUGAGAGUUUCCAUGGACUAAGAUUCCCAGAGCCCUUGGUGGUACAGGCCAGGACGGAAAGGCAUCUUGUCUGCAGGAUUAGUACUGUCGAAGACUCCUCCAGAUAUCAGCAGGACAAAGAACCUAACAAGGACUUGGUGGCCUCUGCAGACAGGGUGGAGGCCCACCCCAGCAGCCUGACUCUACAAUACUUGAGCAAGAUUGAAGCCUGCCCAUGCUGGCUUAUCCUGGACUGCUGGGUCCUGUUCAUGGUCCCUGAGGAUCUCUUGCUGGGAAUGCCCUGGGCCUAUGCCUGGGUUCCAGACCAGGGGCUCCAAGGGACCUUCCACUGGCUGGAGGCUGUUGAAGUAAAUGGUGCCUCCAGAAAGCAACUGCAAAUGGCAGACAACCAGGUGGUGGUGAUGUGCAAGGAUUGGGUGAAGCCCUGUUGUGGGCUGACUUCAGGAUACCCAUGUGAGCCCUGCAUCUGUCUGUGUGCCCCACCCAGUGGUUAUGUGUACUGCUGGGUCUCCUUCGUGGCCAUGGAGAAUAUCACUACAAGAAUGCCAAGGAUCCAAGGCCAGUUCCCAGACCUGAGCCUUGAGGAACCCUUCCGCUUGGCUGAUGCCAUCGAGGUAUAUGAUACCUGCGGUGAUCAGCAGGACAAAAAACUUGACGAGAACUUGAUGGCCUCUGGAGAUAGCAUGCAGAUGGAUGCCUGCAGGCUAAGCUUGGACUCAGUACAGCAGCCAGAAGCCUUGUUCUGCCUCACUCCGGCUGUGAUAUAUCAUUGGGACCCUACUGAAGCCAAUGUGAAUGUUGCCUUUGGUCUGCCCUGUCCCUGUGGCUGGGAAUGGAACCCGACCAUGCAUUUGAAGAGGCCAUUCCACUGGGCCCACGCCAUUGAAGCCCACACCUCUGGCACAGAGCUGGGAGAGGAAGAGGAAAUGGACUCCUCCAGGGAGGAGGAAGAGGGAGCACUGCCCAGGGAGCUGGCUGAGGCCCACCAUGGGUCUCUGCAGCAGCUUUCCAUUGAUGAACCUCAUGUAGCCUGCAAUUCCUGGCUCCUGUUGUCCACCAGAAUUUUGUCUAAAAUGCUGUGGAUGAUUUACCAAGGUACCAGAAAUUCUUUGUGGUAACCAUGUCAGAGAUAUAACCUCGCCAUGUCAGAAAUGUAACCUCUCUACUUUCCAUAAUGCCCUAUAAAGAAAUCUAGUUU